AUGACUUAUACUUCGUCCGCGAUCGCAUACAAGUAUGGUGUCUCUGGUCCCUUCUGGUAUGCUUCUGGAGCGACUGUUCAGAUCAUCCUCUUUGCGACUCUUGCGAUUGAAUUGAAGCGCAAAGCCCCGAAUGCCCACACUUUCUUGGAAGCCAUCCGUGCCAGAUAUGGACCCGUCACACAUGGAGUCUAUAUCGUUUUUGGUUUGAUGACGAACAUUCUGGUCACGGCUAUGCUUCUCACUGGCGGCUCAGCAGUUGCGACAUCGCUGUGUGGAGUGCCUACUGCGGCAGCCUGUUUCCUGCUGUCGGUGGGUGUGGUGCUUUACACCAUGUUCGGCGGCAUCAAGGCAACUUUCUUGACAGAUUAUGUACACACUGUGGUCAUCUUGAUCAUCAUCCUGACCUUUGCAUUUACUGCUUAUGCAACGGGGCAACAGCUGGGGAGCCCAGGAGCUGUGUAUGAUGCAUUGAUGGCAGCGACAGAGCGACAUCCAGUGGAGGGUAAUGCCGGUGGUAGCUAUCUGACCAUGAGAUCGAAGGAGGGGGCGAUUUUCUUCGUCAACUCCGUCGAUGAAGACGCCAAAGAACAAGCUCAGCUCCAGCGCUCAGCCAAGAUUGCCCGCUACAUGACCGUUUUCAUGACUUUGGCAUUACUGGUCCUCUGGCCAAUGCCCAUGUACGGCUCCGGCUACAUCUUCAGCAAGAAAUUCUUCACAGGCUGGGUCGUGGUUGGAAUUCUGUGGCUUUUCUGCUCCGGCUUCUGUGUAGGACUCUAUCCGCUAUGGGAGGGCCGCAAGACAAGUUUGAGGACUGUGAAGCUUAUCUUCAAGGAUGUCACUGGACAAGGCAGACCUAUUCCUACGCAUGGUAGACCGAGGAUGACUGAGGAUGAUGUUUCUGAGGAGCAGCAUGAGAAGAAGACUUCUACGCCUCCAGAGGUUGAGAUUGCUCAUUAG